UAAAAAAUUUUUAGCUAUCACUAUUUAUUUUUAAUGUUUUCAUUAAAACUUGUCAACUUUUGUUUUUUACUAUUUUCUGUGAUUUUCCAUUCAAAAGCAAUUCGAAGUUUAAAAAAAAAUGUAGAUCAGUUAGAUAAUUUACUAAUGUAUUCAGGGUGGAACAAUUUAAAUGAAUUGCACUUUAUAAAAUAUUAUAAAACAACAUAUUAUCUUCAAAAUCUGAUUGAAAUACCUACACAUGUCUCACAUGGUGAUAAAAAAAUACGUGCUCUGUCUGUAUAUCUUGGAUGCUCAUACGCAAAAAUUAUGAAUUAUCUUUUUUUUAUUAUAAGCAUGGCUACAAAAAAAUGUGACGAAAGAAUUAGAGAAGAAGAAGUCUUAAUAGAUGGAUUCAUUUGCACAGAAGAACUCAUAAGAAUAAUAUCCAGAUUAAUUGCUCCAAUAGCAACAAUGAUGAAAGGAGCUAUGGACGCUUUGGAUUUAUUACAUAACAGACCAUGGAUUAUUAGUGGUAACCCUUAUUUUUUGAUAAAUCCUUUAUUAGGGAAAAUAGAAAAUAUUCUUGACGACUUAAAUAAAGGAACGCUAUCACGUGAUGAUUUAUCUACAUACUAUUCCAAGUUAAAAACUAUACAUUUAUUAUUUAAUAAAGCAAUGCGUGAAGUAAAAAGUGAAACUAUAGGUUAUUGUAAAUUUGUAUCUUAUGAUACGAAUUAUUUAUGGGAAGAAUGGUCUAAGGAAUAUAAAGCCCUUAUUGACCAAGAUGUAAAAUUAUUAUUUAUCAAAUUCUUAAACAAAAAAAUUACGGAUUAUACAAGAGCAGUAAUUAUAGAAAAGUAUUUUCACCUCGGAUUUAAAUUUGAUCCUAUUACCGAAGAAACAUUUAUACCAACAACAAUGGAACUAAUAAAACUAGAAUUGGAAUUUAAAUCAUAAGAUGAAGAGCCUUUAAUUUCAAUAUAAAUAGAAAUUCAUUGAACGUUUUAAUGUUAUUAAUAUUAUUCAAAAUUAAUGUUUUAUUAUCAACA